AUUAUACGUCAUUGAGGUGCAUUUGUGCGAUAGAUUAUUAAAUUAACCAUGCUAUGCAGCCACAUGAAAAUCUUACAGAUAUAGCAAAACUAUCAAUAUUCAAUCAAUAGAGGUUUAAAUAUAUUCAGACGAGCUUCGUCUGUCAUUGGAAGGAGCAGCCUGGACAUUGGAAUUCAGCUGAAGAGUGACUGCCGCUGAACCUUGAUGGGCGAAUCAGGGUCGCGCCGCUCCACGCUCGUCUCCAGGCUGCCCAUCUUCAGGCGGAGUGUAAGUAAGAGGCAGGACUCGUUGCCCUCCUCCCCAUCCUCGGCCGGCGUGGGCAAUGGCGUUCACACCUCGUCCCCCUCCAGCACUAACUCCAGCAACAGCAGCACGGGCAAGCGCCGCAGCCUGUUCCGCACGCCCUCCAUCAGCUUCAGCAGCAAGAGGAAUAGUGAGCCGCCGUGCAUCCAGACCCCUCCUCUGGACCCAGCCCAAGACACCAGCAGCAGCCAGAACAACCCUCCGCUGGGCUUCCAAGAUGGCGCUGUGCUUCCACGGGCCAAGACGCGCCACUCCUUUGGCUUUGGGGGCCACCGGCAGAAAAAGAUCACCCGCUCGCAGACUGAAGACUUUGAGAAGGUGACCUCCACGGUCAAUAGGAACGUGUUCAUCAACUGCAUCAGCUCAGGUACCAACGAGGGCGAUGACUCGGGGUAUCUGGAUGACUUCAGUGGCGACAGCAAGCGCUCGUACAGGCAGAAGAAACAGCUGCUGCCCAAGUCCUUCUCUGCCCACCACCGCUUCUCCAAGAACUCUGAGCAGUGCAAGCCCCCAGUGGUGAGUGUAGUGCCCCCGACGUCAGAGGUUACCCCGGGCUCGUGGCCAGGCGAGCUGCUGGGGGAGAGCUCCCUGCAGUCGCCCAUGUUGUCUGAGGACCGCACCACGGCCCUCACCCCCUCUGAGUUUAAUGUCCCCAUCACAGAGGACUCUGUGUCCGAGGUGGAUGUGCUGCUUGCCCCCAGCCUCGCCGCCACGCCAGACAACUUCAGCCAUGUCGUCUCUACCUCCCAGGUGUUCUUCAUGCCUGCCCAAGCUGCUACAGACAAGCCCCUUCUGCCAGACACCAGCACCGCAAACACCACAGAGUGUGAGACUGCAGUCCCUGUCACAGAACCAGCAACAGCUGCAACACCACCAAUGCCACCGGAACAACAAACACAAUCGCAGGAAGAGAAGGAAGAAGGGGAAGAGGAGAAGGAGGAUGUUAUGAUGGUGGAGGAGGUCAGACCAGCGCAGACAGAGACUAGUGAGAGCGAGGCAGGCCCAGUGCGUAGUAAAGGCUACCAUUCCAAUCCAGAGCAGUCUGAGAGGAGGUCCAGGAACACAGUGUUCAUCCAGGAACCAGGCAAGGGAGCGUGCUGCGGUAGACAUGAACCCAGGUCAUGCCACCUGAGGAAACCCCACACAGGUUACUUUGUAUUGGUGAUAACACUGUCCAUGUGCAGCAGCAGCGCCAGCCCCUACCACGAGGUGAUGCGCAUGGAGCGCCGGCUACGUUCCUCCUCGGAGGGUGCCGGGGGGCCACGGGGGCUCCACCUCAACCUCAAAGAUCCCCAUUGCACUGCCGAGGGGAGCGUGCUGCUGAAACAGAGGACCAACUCGUCGUCCUCCAAGCUUGGCAGCCUCGAUGUACUGAACAAUCUGGGCUCGUCUGAGCUGGAUGAGGAUGACCUGAUGUUGGACCUGGACCUCUCUGAUGACCAACGCCAGCGUCACGUAUUCCGAGAGGACUCCAGCCAGUCCCUAGCCUCCUGCCUGAACCUGAUGCACUCCCCACUGGAGCCCAAUGUCGACAGGAUCCCCGGCAGGGAGCCCAGAGACACCACCACCAUCCACAGGGAGCCUUGCCGGCCGACCACCCUGCUGCCGGCUGACUGGUGCCUGGGCCGGGAGGACGAGGCCCCGGGGCUGGAGGCACUACCACUCAGGCUGAUGCAGCAGGACUGCACUUCCGUCAAGACCCUGUUGCUGCGCCUCCGGAGGACCCUGCAGGAGAGCACUGACACAAGUCCUGCAGGCAGCCUUCAUUCUCUCCCCAUCAGCCCCUGUAGUGAGAAGACUCUGCCCCUAAAGGAGCCGGGGAGGGAAGAGGCUCUGCUGCUGCAGCUGAGGGAGAAGGAUGAGCUGAUCUUCCGACUGCAGGCUGAACUGGAGUGUGCCAAAGCUGCCCUGAAGCCCACCUGCCAAAAACCUGACCGAACUACGCAGACUGACCCUCCUGGAUCAGAGGGCAGAGGUUGCGGGAGCACGGUCAUGUUGUCACGCAGGCCGCUAAGUGAGUGGUGUUUGAUCUGGACUUGUAUGUGUGUUGUUGUGUUUCCUGCUUUGUGGACUACUGGAGAAUGCUCCCUGCAUUAUACUAUACAGUACCGUACCAUAGAGAAUGUCCCCUGCACCUGAAGCAUGGCAUGCCAGUUAGGCCCUGGCGUUAGGGCACUACUUAACCCCCCAGUCACUGCACCUCCUGAACCCUGCUUUUCACCCUUGACCCUGAUCUGUCAGCCUUUGCCCCCCCCCCCUCCUUGUCCUGUCAGCUGAGCCACGGAGGUUAUGCACUAGCUGACCUCUCCAGUCUGAUCUAGGUGCACUAUGCUCUAACACAGCCACAUACAUCUCUGCUAGUUGCACCGGUUGCAUUAGGAAUGGUAGUAUGAAUCGCUCACUUUCCCUAUGGCUCAUAUUGUGGCCCUUGUCUUCCAUGAUUGGUUUACCCAGGUUCUGCUAUUGUUUCGCGUUGAGUUCUGCGAUCGUGGUUUGUUACUUAACAGCCUCCUUGCGUCCACUAACAGCGUGCGUGCGUAUAUCAGGUGGAAUUUUGAGAGGAAUGAACAGACAGUGGGCUGCCUUGUAGAGUGUACCCAUAGGGCAGUAGCAGGCAGGGAUGGAUGAAAGCUCCUGUUGGUAUGUGCAUAUGCAGUGCUCCAACACCCUGGACCAGAGCUGUAAUAUGUCACUAACUCUGGUCCAGGGCAUAGCUAGUAGCUAUCUAGCUCUGGUCCACACUAGCUCUGGUCCAGGGUGUAGCUUGUAGCUAUCUAGCUCUGUUCUGCACUAACUCUGCUCUAGGGUGUAGCUAGCUAGCUCUGGUCCGCACUAACUUCUAGCUACGCCCUGGAUCAGAGCUAAUUAUUGCAGACCAGAGCUAGUGCGGACCAGAGCUAGCUAGCUAAUAGGUACGCCCUGGAACAGAGCUUGGGACAGAUUAUAGCUCUGGUCCAGGGCGUUAGAACACUAUGGGCACAUACACCAUCUGAGAAGCAAGCACAUGCUCUUUGAGGUUCACAGACCAGGUGGCCACCGCGUGCAUAAUCUGGAUGCUUUUCAUUGUUUGUGGUUGGUUGGGGUACCUGUCUGGGGUGAUUACUAGGACCGUAUGUGUGUGGAUAAUUCCUUGAUCCUCAUUGGUUUCCCACGAACGUACAUCUUUUUGCCUGGUUCAGACUUGCAACCAUACACAGGCAAGUACAGGGAUACAAACAACCUCUGAAAUACCUCCAAACUUUUGGAAUACAACCACUUCUGAGGUUGGUGAAUUGUUGUAUCUGAAAACAUUGCUUUUCAUAUUGAUGUCUCUAGGUAUGUGCACACCAGGAUUUCGUUAGGAAAAUGUGGUGCUGAACAAUUUGAGAAAUUGACCGGACCCAUGUGCAUUGGGUGAGUAAACUGAUUAAGGCGUCCAUCCGCGGUGCUCAGAAUGACAAAUCACAUUUAGAUUACGGUAAUCUUUUUUUUUUUUAACAGCAAGUCGAGGAUGCAAGGAUGUGCGGCCAGUCUUACUGAAUUCUGCACUUUGAAGAUGCUGAAAUAACUGUUCACAUUUACUUUUCCUCGCCCAACAAGACGAGGAACGAACAGCAAAAUCACUAGUCUAUGUCACUCUACUAUCCCCCAUAGUAGAAAAGUUUACCUAUUUCAUUGGUCAGCUUGACAAGGAAGAAAUAGCCUAUUUCAAACAGACUCUGGGACAGUUGUGGGACGAUAGAUCCCACAUUUAUGCAACCAGUAGGCCGAGGCUACAAUUUUAAAAAUGGAAAAGAAAUGAGUCUGAUGCAACAGAUCAGAAUAAUUAUAUUAAAAUGUUGAUGAACUAUUAUUUCUUCACAUUAUAAGUGCAACAACGCACACAAGGCAGUAGGCUACGUGCAAAUGUUUGUUCCAUAAUGCAAUUAGUGGGAAAAAACAGUCUAAAGCACAUGUGACCGAGAGGAAAAUAUCCUAGAAAUGUAGAAAGAGGGGGAGAUCUGAUAGGCAACAAGUAGCAUGGGCUGCUUAUAUGACUAGGAUUGUGCCUUUGGCUAAUACCUUCCGAUUAUGGGUCUGAUUUUUGCUAGGCUACUUUGAAGCAAGGUAAAGACAUGCCUCCAUAAUAUGUAGUAAAACAUUCAGGUUUCAAACAAUUAAGUAAACUGUAUGUUUCCAAAAUGCAUACUGCCUCCAGCUCAUUGCAAAGAGGUGUGUGACAUGUUGAUGAAGCCUGCCUUCCGUUGCCUAUGCAUUUGCUGUUUGAGAUGCCGUAGCAGCAGCUCUCGCUCAAAGGCUCCUGUAUCUGUAUGCGGUACGCUUGUGAUGAAUAAGAUGCAUGUUUUUUUGAUGUAUCCGUUUGUUUGUUUCUGGUUGUUGUGUGUGUCAUGCGCAUUAGCGUUUGUGCGUGUGUGUGUGCACAUUUGUGUGUGCACGUGUGCAUGCGCUUUUGUCUGUGUUGUGAGAGAAGAGUGCCUCUGCCCAUAAUUAAGAGGUGCUCUGUGCUGCAUCAUUGUGCAGGAUUAGAUUGAGAUAAGUGCGCUGGCUCCUGGCCAGGCUGGCGUGGGACAACCUGAAUGACUCGUGUGUUCCCCAUUCAGCAUAAUGGCAUGUCAUCCCAAAGGAGGACGGCCUAGGCUCUCUUAGCAUCUCUCUGCUCUUCUUCUGGUAGCCACUUCCUUGUAGAGUCCUGCCCCCCCCUCACCGAAGGCACUGUGUGCUCACAUACAAUGUCUUCAGAAAGUAUUCACACCACCUUUCCACAUUUUGUUGUUUGUCUGAAUUUUAAAUGGAUUAAAUUGAGAUGUUGUGCCACUGAUCUACAUCGACAUUUUUACAAGUUAAUGAAAAAUGAAAAGCUGAAUUUCUUGAGUCAAUAAGUAUUAAACCCUUUUGUUAUGUUAAGCCUAAAUAAAAUUGUGCUUAACAAGUCACAAUAAGUUGAAUGGACUCACUCUGUGUGAAUUUCAAGCACGGAUUCAACCACAAAGACCAGGGAGCUUAUCUAAUGGUUCGCAAAGAAGGGAACAAAUUGGUCUAUGGGUUAAAAAAAGCAGACAUUGAAUAUCCCUUAAGGCAUGGUACAUUACUAAUUACACUUUGGAUGGUGAAUCAAUACACCCAGACACUACAAACAUACAGGCACCCAACAAUGUAGUUACUCCACAAUACUAACUUAAAUGACAGAGAGAAAAAUAGGAAGCCUGUACAGAAUAAAAAUAUUCCAAAACAUGCAUCCUGUUUGCAAUAAGGCACUAAAGUGAUACCACCCCCCAAAAAUGCUUUUUCUCCCCAAUUUCGAUUUUGUCUCAUCGCUGCGUCCUCCGAAACAUGACCCAUCAAACCGGGCUUAAUAACAUCCGCCCGCUUAACCCGGACGCCAGCUGCACCAAUGUUACGGAGGAAACAGUGUUCAACUGAUGACCGAGGUCAGCCUACAGCCGCCCGGCCUGCCACAAGGAAUUGCUAGAGUGCGAUGAGCCCAAGUAAUGCUCCCCCGGCCAAACCCUCCGCUAACCCGGACAACGCUGGGCCAAUUGUACUCCGCCCUAUGGGACUUCCGAUCACGGCCGGUUGUGAUACAGCCCAGGAUCGAACUCUCAUCUGUAGUGACGCCUCUAGCAGUGCAAUGCAGUGACAGACCGCUGCACCACUCGGGAGGCCAGAAAUUCACUUUUUGUCCUGAAUACAAAGCGUUAUAUUUGGGGCAAACAUAACACAUCACUGAGUACCACUCUUCAUGUUUUAAAGCGUGGUGGUGGCUACAUCAUGUUAUGAGUAUGCUUGUCAUCAUCAAGGACUAGGGAGUUUUUUUGUACAAAAAUGUACGGAAUAGAGCUAAACACAGGCAAAAUUCAAGAGGAAAACUUCAUUCUGCAUUCCAACAGACACUGGGAGACAAAUUCACCUUUCAGCGAUACAAUAACCUAAAAAUCAAGGCCAAAUACACUGGAGUUGCAGUUUGUUUUUUACUUAAACCAGCAUGAAAAUCGGUCAAGUCUUGAAAAUGUCUGUAGCAAUGAUCAACUUGCCAGAGCUUGAAUAAUUGUUUAAAGAAUAUAAUAGCCUAAUAUUGUACAAUCCAGAUGUGCAAAGCACUUAGAGACUUACCCAGACAGAAUCACUGCUGUAAUCGUGGCCAAAGGUGAUUUUAGCAUGUAUUGACUCGGGGUUGAAUACUUAUCUAAUCAGCAUAUACAGUACCAGUCAAAAGUUGUCACACCUACUCAUUUCUGGGGUUUUCUUUAUUUGUACUUUUUUCUACAUUGUAGAAUAAUAGUGAAGACAUCACAACUAUUAACUAACACAUGGAAUAAUGUAGUAACCAAAAAGUGUUACAAUACAAAUUAAAAUACAUUAUAUAUUUGAGAUUCUUCAAAGUAUCCACCUUUUUGCCUUGAUGACAGCUUUGCACAAUCUUGGCAUUCUCUCAACCAGCUUCAUGAGGUAGUCACCUGGAAUCAAUUUAAAUGAACAGGUGUGCCUUAAGUUAAUUUGUGGAAUUUCUCUCCUUAUUAAUGCGUUUGAGCCCAUCAGUUGUGUUGUGACAAGGUAGGGUUGGUAUACAGAAGAUAGCCUUAUUUGGUAAAAGACCAAGUCCAUAUUAUGGCAAGAACAGCCCCAAAUACGCAAAGAGAAAUGAGUCUACGCCUUCACUAUGGUGAAUCACUAAAACAAUACAGAAAUACACUACGGAAAAAGAAGGAACAGCAUGUCAGAAAUCAGCUCAAUGCAAUUGAAGAAUCCAUAGACUCUAACCACUUCUGGGAAAAUUGGAGAACACUAAACAAACAACAACACGAAGAAUUAUCUAUCCAAAAUGGAGAUGUAUGGGUAAACCACUUCUCCAAUCUUUUUGGUUCUAUAACAAAGAACAAAGAGCAAAAACAUAUACAUGAUCAAAUACAGAUCUUAGAAUCAACUAUUAAAGACUACCAGAACCCACUGGAUUCUCCAAUUACAUUGAAUGAGUUACAGGACAAAAUAAAAACCCUUCAACCCAAAAAGGCCUGUGGUGUCGAUGGUAUCCUCAAUGAAAUGAUCAA